AUCUCUAAUAAUAAUAAGGUAACUGUGUCGUUUAAUCCAGGUAGGAAAGUAUUGAUAAGAACCAUUUAUUUUAUUAGUGACAUAAAAUGUUUUUUUUUACUCUCUAGUCAGUGGACGGCUUAGAUCAUAUACUAGUAUUGCUUAGUGAUAACAAUUAACAGCUGAUAUCACAUCAAUAAUCAAUAAUCUAUAUGCUUAUAUUUGUGUUUGUAGUUUUGUACUUCGUCUUGGGAGUUGAGAAUUGAGAUCCACCUAGCAGUGCUAUAAUAUGUCUGAACGAACGAUUCAUAAGCGUGAUCGUUGGCAUAUCAUCCAUAACCGUUUUUAAUUUUUAUCGGUUUUUAUGUCAGCUGAUUUGGAGUUUCAGUUACUUCGAUACUAAGUGUUCAUUUAUCAGUUAUUUUGAGUUUACUAUUUAGCUUUUUUUUUUUAGUUAAAUUUAAACAAAAGUUAAUAAAUAAAUUUUAUACUUCAAUAUGGAUCAUAUUUUAAAUAAUAGUAAUGAUAUAGCUACAUUUAUCAAGGAAGUUAGUAAAUUAUAAAAUAUUUGAUUGGUUUUAGAUAGUAAUUUCUAUUCAUAAAUUGCAUUUUUAGCAUCUAAUAUUAAAAUCAAUUAUUGCUGGAUCUACGUCAGGGCUAUUCUCUACAGUUUUAUUUCAACCAUUUGAUGUAGUUAAAACAGUCUUACAAGACCCUUUAAUGUAACUAAUUUUAGCUUUUUUUUGUGAAAAUAAAUAAAUAUACCUAUUUAAUUACUAUUUCUUUUUAGGAAAAAAGAUUUAGGUUUAAUCAAUGCCACAAAAUUGGUUUGGAAGCAAGAACCUUUUUAUGGAUUUUGGAGAGGAUUAGCUCCGGUAAGCAAUAUAAAGCAGUAUAACUUCAAUUAACUAUCAUUAUCAAAAUACAAAUCCCCAUAAAAAGAUAAAUAAAAAAAAUUAUCAUAAAUCACUAUAAUAUGUAAGCAUGUAGAACUAUACUUUAGUAUAGCUCGUAGAACAUACAUAUAUAUAUUCUGUUUAACUAAUUUACUAAAAUUAAUUGUAUUCUCUUAUUGUAGUCUACUUUGGUUAAUACAAAUACACAUUUAUUGUAAAAUAUCUGUUAACCAUCUUUUUGAUUGACCAUUACAAUAAUUAUGGUUAAUCGAGAUUUUACUAUAUUUAUUAAUUAAAGAAAUCUUAAAAUUAUUUUUCAUCAGUUCGUUACUUAUCUAUAGUUUAAAAUCAUGAUAAUUUUUAUAAUAUUUUAAUAUUUGCAUAAGGUUUAUAUUAUAUUUAAUCCGGAAUGUUUUUGUCUAAUGUUUCCAAUAAAUAGUGACUUUUGUAGUCUAUUUUAAAAUGUCAAUGAAAUUUUGAAUGUUAGUUUUGAGGUAUUCGACUUUCAAAUCCUAUCAAUUAUGUCUUAGCACUCUAUUUAUAAACUACACAUUUUUUAGAUUCUGAGCAGAGUGAGGAAUGUAUUGGUUUUACAAUGAUGUUUAUUUUUUUUUUUCUAUGGACCACUUUUCUACCAGCAAUUUUGCUCAGAUUUACAAUGAUAGUACUUUUCCUAAAAGGAAAUCUGACUAAGGAGAUAUUUUAGGGAUUUAUCUUUUGAUUUUCCCAAUAAAUGGGAAAAUAAGUACAAUAUUAAAUAAAUAUUAUUAAUGAAAAUACAUAAUGCAUGUGUAAUUAUUUUACUAUAAUAUGACAUAUAUAUUGUUAACAAAGCAAUACAAACCAAACUUAUAUCAACCAAACUUAAUAUCAACCAAACUUUGCUUAGAAUGUUUUUUUCAUUACUAAUGAUUAAUUGUUACUUACAGAUAUAUAUUAAAUUACCUAUAACUGUGGCUGUAUCCGUCCCCAUUGUUCUAGGACAACUUCUUGCAUAAUAUUUUACCAAUAACAAAAAGACUAUAAUAUUAAUAUUCUUCUUUCUGUUUAUAAAAUUCUGUACAUUUUUUAAAUGUAAUUAUUUUAGAGAUAUUUGCCUGCUAAACUAUAAUAACUUAAAUUAUUAACUCUUGUAAAUAUAUCUGAGCGGUUUUCCACAUUGAUUUGCCCCUAUACAUCAAUUUUACAGGGACCUAGGGUUUAAAAAUUUCAUAUUUUAAAAAUAAUUAAUGUAUUGUAUUAAAAAUAACUUUUUCCAUAUUAAAGAUGACUUCAUUGUUUUUAUUUUUUAAUAGUUUGAAGAUUAACCACAGUAUUUGAUAUUAAACCCAUGAGUAGAACCAUUGAUUAUAUAAUGAAUGAUAUUAUAAUCAAUUGGUUAACUCCAUAAAUAUAAUAAUAAAACACAAUUUUGUUAAUUAAUGAAUGAAGAGGUCAUUCUUGUUGUAAUGAUUGUAUACAUUUUCACCUUCAGAAAUAAAUUAUAAUAAAAUAGAUCUAAAUAUUUCAGCUUAAGAGAAAAUGUUGUAUACUUAUAUUUUUUAAAUCUAAACAGUGUAUUUACCCAUUUAUUUUAUUAAUAUUUAUUACAUAUGUAUUUCAUACCUAAUGCAUUGUGUUUUAUUUAUCUUUAUAGUCUCUUGCACGCAAUAUUCCAGGUAUUGCCAUUCAUAUACCACUUACUCAAAUAAUAUAUAAACAUUUAAAAAACAAUGAUGGAAAUUCUAUGAUGAAAUCUGGAAUAGCUGGAUUCAGUGCACGAUGUAUUACUGUUACCAUACUAAUGCCCUUCACCGUCCUAAAAACUAGAAUAGAAGUAAGUUAAUACUUAAUAGCUGUUACAUAGACAAAUACAAGAAAUUAACUAGACUUGCUUCUGAUAUUGGUUGGUCCAAUAUUAGUAUAAAACAUUUAAAGCAAAUUAUAAUGAAUUUCCUAAACUAAACUGGUUUAAAUUUCCUCUUAGAAAUUAGUGUUCAUACAAAAUUAAAUUUUAUAAUUUAGACUCAAGGAAAAAUUGAAAAACAAAUUCACACACCUAAUAAAUUACUGUGAAUUAAUAUUUAAAAUUGGGAUAACAAUUUAAUAUAUUAAUAAUAUUAAUUUUGUGGUUGGAAAAAACGGGGAUAAUAUAAUAAUACAUAAUCAACCAUCUUGUUACACUAGUCAGUUUAUCCUACUUUUAAAUUGGAUUUUUAAAUUUUUAAAUUGCCUAAACUGCAUCAGUUUAGUUUUCAAGAAGAAAUUUGUACUGGUUUUUCAGUAGAUUUCUUGACAAUAAUAAAUUGUAUAGGUAUGUAAAAUAUAGGGUGAUUUUUAGAUUUUGAGUGGAGCGAAGAAAGUUAUAGUUUUACUAAUAUGUUUAUUCUUUUUUAUUUAUUUAUUUUUUUUAUAUCUGCACAACUUUUCUACCAGAAGACUUGUAUUUCUACACGUAUUACUUUAUCUAAAGGAAAUUGGCGUGGGGUACUUUAGGGAGGUAAUUUUUCCCAGCAAAUGUGAAAAUCGGUAUAAAACAUGUGAAAACCUGUAAAAACGUAGAAAACCUAGAAAAAUUGGUACAACAUUAAAUAAAUAUAUAGGGCCUAUUUAAUUAUUUUACUAUAAAAUGUAAUAUUUAUUUUUGACAAAGCAUCACUAUCAACUGAACUCCGCUCAGAAUUGUUUUUUCGUAAGAAAUGGUUUAUAUUGUUGCUUACAGGUAUACAUUUAACCUAUAAAAGUGGCUGCACCCAUCCUUAUUAUCCUAGGACAUAUUUUUACGUUUGAAUAGUAAAUAGCAGAAGGUCUAGGGCCAAAAAUAACUUGGGAUUAUUAAAUCCUAACAUUUAGUAACUACAAAAGUUAGUACUAGUAACCAAGUACUAGGUUUUGUCAAGCAAAUAAUCUUUGAAUUUAAGCUUAAGUAUUCUUUAAAAUCUCUUUAUUGUUCCUUAAUUCGAUCUAUUAUUGAUUACGGAUCCAUGUAAUGAGAUCCUCACACAGCGUAAAACUCCGUAUAACUAGAGUGCGUCCAGAGAUGCUUUUUAUUGUUCUGAAGAUUGGUCAUGCCCUGUAUGACUAUAUUCUUGUCCUUAGCAUACUCAAACUCACAUCACUGGCUAAUAGAAGAGCAGCUGCAAAUUUAUCAUUUCUACAUAAACUCCUAGACAGCUCAUUAGAUGCCCCCACUUUUCAUUUCUGUAUUAACUUCAGAAUCUACAGUAUUUCCUCCAUUUCCAUACAUUUUUCCCUGUGUUGAAUUGUCUCUCAAACUACAGUCGCAACAACCCUAUCUAUUGUAUUAUGCACAUGGCUAAUAAACAACCAACCUUUUUACCAUAAUAUUUUUUGUAUUGUUUUAUCAUUACUUUUCUGUUUAUUAAAAAUUAUACUUAUAUGUAAUAUGUAAUUAGGUUUGCCUAUAAUUUUUUAAAUAAAUAAUUAAUGUGGGAACUUGGGUUAAGACUAUGGUUAAAUUUGAAACCUAGAUCAAUGACACCAUCAUCAGCAGCAUGCAUAAUAGCCGACUCAUCGAGGCAGUAAGAGAAAACUAUUAAGGAACAGGUUCUAUUAAAAGCCAUAACCUUACAUUUAGAAAGAUUUAAGGAUAAUCCUAACAGCCAAACUAAUUAUAAAAGCUAUUUAAUCCGGACUUUUGUUAAUUCGGUCAACCUAGAGCCCUAAUUGGUUUGGAUUAAUGAGGUUCUACUGUAUUUUGAUUCUAGUAUUCAUUUGUUUUCUGAUUUUUUGGAUAAAUUCACAUAUUUUAUAGCAGAUAAUGAAAUCCGUAAUAUUUAAACAUAUAUUUCAAAUAGAACCAGAGUUUAUUUAAAUAUUAUAAAUGCAAAAAAAAAAAAAUAUGCUGUUUUUACUAUUAAGUUUGAGCAUUCCAUAUUAUCUACUUAGUACACAGUACCAAUUUCUGAUAGUCAAUAAAAAAAUUACAUUUUAUUUAAAAUUUAUAUUGUUCAAAUUUUUGCAUUUCAAUUAUUUAUAGAUAUUUCGAUUUAUCUAUUUUUUUUUUGUUAGCAUUAAACACUUUUUCAACAUUUAUUUAAAAUAUUUGAAUAUAAUUAUCACAUUAUAUUAUAUGGGGGACACCAAAUAAAGUAUUUUAUUGAACAAUGAUUGUAUAUAUAUGUUUCAUAUUGAAAUAUUGCUGUAGUAUUUAUUUACUGUUUAUUUUUUUGGUAUUAUGAUAAAAAUAGAAUAGUUCAUUAUAAAUUCAAUGGAUUGGUGAUACAUACUGAAAAUGUUUGUAUAUACCAAGGUAAUUUUUUAUUUAAUUAUUUUGUUUCUGUUUUUACUUUAGUUAUUUUAAAACUUUUUUAGAGUGGACUGUAUCAUUACACAAAUUUAGCUAAUGGCCUAUCUAAUAUGUAUACAUUUGAGGGCUGGAAGGUUAUGUAUCGUGGUUGGACACCGACAAUUUUACGAGAUGCUCCAUUUUCCGCUCUAUAUUUUAUGUUCUUUACUCAAUUUAAAAAUACUACAUUAUUUGAAAGUAAGUGUUGUAAAUUAAAAAUUAAAACAGGCGAACUCUUCAACAGCAUAUAAUUUUCUUCUGACCAUAUUUUUGUCAUUAUAUUAUGAUUUAAGUACUUUAAAUAGGUAAUAUAAAUGUGGCAAUUCUUAUAAAAACAUAAUAGUUGGGAAUUAAAACCCCCUAACCUGAAUCCUUGCCACAAAUACAAUUCAUAUUCAAAAUGACAUCCUCUAGGUUUCAUCAGGUCUUUAAAGUGAAUAAAUCUUAAUAAACACUCACCUCUCACAACAUGCUUAAAUUUGUAUAGAAAUCCAAUCCAAAAUUGUUUAACAGGGUAAAUUUCAUUUAAUUUCUUUGUAAUCCUGAGUUUAACAAGAAUAUAUUUAUAUUUUACAAAUGCUUUAUAACUACACAUCUAGAGAAAUAAAGGUGAAUGGUAAACUUCUUCCUAUUUUAUUCAGCUUGUAUUUGCAAGUAACUUAAACAGGAAAUGCUUUUAAUGAACUUAACCCCCCCCAAUACAGCUUUUAAAUAGAAUUUUACAUCAAAUAAUUGGAAUAUUAUCAUGUAUUCAAAUUUAUUAUAAACAUAGUAAUCAUAGUAUUAUUUGAUUGAUGCAUAUCUUCACAGUUUUUCUUGCUACUACCUUUUAAGAAGAGAUAGACUGCAGAAAUUACGGUAGAAACUUCUCCAAUGUAGAAUAACAAGAAUUUUAAUAAUGUAAAUACAUAAAUUAAUUUGUUUACAAAUAGUACAAUUGUCAUUUUUGAUCAUAUAUAUAUAUAUGUAAUUCAUUUCCAAUUUAUACUAACUCAUACAUUUUUCACAUAAAUUAUAAAGUAUGUCCCUAGCUCGUUUAAUAAUAGAUUUAACUACUAGACUGAUAUAUGAUUCAUUAAUAAAAUUUUGUUUUUUAUGUUUUACUUUACCUAUUAGAAUUGGACAAAAAAGAAACAUUUUACAUUUUUGGAAGCGGACUCUUAGCUGGAGUAUUAGCGUCAUGUAUAACUCAACCAUUUGAUGUAAUAAAAACUAGUCAGCAAUUAUCAAAGGAAAAAAUUAUAUUUUUUGAUGCAAUUCUUUUAAUAAAACAAGUAGAUAUUAUAAUUAUUUUGUUUAAAUGACAAUUAAAAAAUAUUUAAUUUGUUUUCAGAAAUAUGGAGUAGCUGGUUAUUUUAGAGGGUUAUCACUUCGAAUUUUAAGACGAUCUAUAAUGGUAGCAUUAACAUGGACAUUGUUUGAACAGUUAUCUUAGAUACUUGAAUUAAAAAUAUAUUUCAUACAUAUUAAAUUAGCAGAUUUUUCAUUCUGAUUUAAAAAAUUCGCAUUAUUUAUAAUUUUAGUUAUAUCUUAUAUUUUAAUAUAAUAUUGUAUAAAUAAUGUGAGAAGUAAAAAGUUAUUGUAUAAAUAAUAUCUAUACUAAAAUUCAAUAAUUUAAAUUGAUAUUUUACUGUUUAAUAUUGGUAAAUCAUAGUUUAAAUCAUUAUAAAAUAAAGGAAAACUAUUUUAUAUUCUAAAGAGUUGUAAAAAUACUUGGUUUGACUU